AUGUCCGACGUUGAGCUCGACGCUGCCGACUUCAUCAACACCGUUCCAGUUGACAUCCUGAUAAAAUUUCGUGAGGAGAUGUUCUCCUUGUCGUACAUCAGUAAGAAUCCCGGAAGGUUCCUCACGUACGACUGGGUCGAUGUCCACGCCCUCCAGGAAUUCAUGCAGACUCACGGCAGUACGCCAUUGCGUCGAGCGAGUAGUGUGGCGCCGUUCUCAUCCUCCGCUUCUCUCCGCCGACCGCCGCCUCGCCGGGCAUCCAUAACUGUAAAGGACGAACCCACGGAUGCCGUGUGGGUUAAACACGAGGACGAGGAGGUUGAUCUUACCUCGAGAUCUGGUGGGAAGCGUCGACAGUCGAGCUCUUCCGCUGUUUCGUGGCGCACAUCAAUGAAUGAGGACGGGACAGAGGUCCUUGAGAUUCUGUCGGAUGAUGAGGCUGAUUUCCCGGCGACUACACCGUCGCGAAGGUCGUCCGUGUCAUUCUCCCUCGAUGAUGAGGGCAUGCUGCCUCCUACGUCGUCUUGUGCAAGCGGGCGCACAACACCCUACUCUGACGUGGGAUCAGACACGGAUGGGGAUCCUAUUUCUGGUUCGGUGCCCGUUGAUGACGACGCGGAUGUUCCGGUGACAGAAUGGCAUGAUGAGAACGUGCGUUCUACCGCCGAACGUGGAAAGUUUACCAUCACCAAGCAGUGCCAUGUUGAGAUACUUGAGCGCGUCGUGGGCCUUCCUUUCGCUCACCCAGUGCCCCGCAUUCCUACUGCCUACGUGUUCGACUUCCGCGGUCCCGAGUACGAUGAGCUCGAACAGGAGCUGAAGCCUUCGCGUUCACUAAGAGCAGAUUUUUUGAUCAACGAUCAGGAUCAAGGCUCCUGGCGGGGUACAAGCGGCAAGAGCGACACCACCGCAUCCGUUCCAGGCUCAAUUUUCGGGCUUUCGAUACCUACGGUCAAAGCUCGGCGAGCGCGAGCGACAUGUGGUGGUUCCCGCCACUGUGAAGACCUCGACAUGUCACUCAUCGAUGUUCAGCGUUAUGAACUCGAUCCGGAGCGUCGUGCCGCCAUCUUUGACGCUGAGAGGGCUAUCGGAGUUCAGGAGGGAUUGGUCUCCAACCAGCGUGUUGCAACGUUUUGGCAAGUCAUCCAUGGCAAAAGCUCACGCUGUAAGUUCAAGGACUGUAGUGGUGAGCCUAGGAUGGUAUCCUUCCGAGAUGGUUCCCAAAACGGCAAACAGUACUUCAUCGGCUGCACCUCCUUCUCGCCCCGUCAAAAGCAUCGUUUUGUCGCAAUACCUGCCGAGGUCGAUGAAGCCCUUCUGGCGCGCCUUUUCGCCGGUGAACCACUUCCUGACGCAAGUCUCUCUGCGUCACCCAUCGUCACUCGCAAGCACAGCUGUGCAUAUGUGGAGUCGGCGCACAUCGGGGCAAAGGCCAAACAAUGCAAGUUCGUGCAUAUCGUAAAUGGAAAACCAACGACCAUGCCGAUGAAGAGCCGCCCAUGUCCCGCCACACGAACCAUCUUUGUACCCGUCGACCCUGCGCUCCAUCGCCUCGCGGUUGUUGUCCCUGACAACAGCAAGCCGCAUAACCAUCCUGUACCCCCUAUGGGAAAGGCCUCCAUCGGCGGUAAACUUACUUUCAAGAAGGCCGUCAAGGCACACGGCGUGCUAGGCGCCACUGUGAAGAAGGUUGAGCAUGCGGCCUCGACGAAGCUCCUGUUUGACGGAGAGACGCUCGCUUCCAUCAGUCCAGCCCUCCUCCAGACACGUCUGAAAGGAGAGAUUCUACGGGCACUCAAAAGUGCUGAACUCCCACAGAACCGAGGGUUUCCUGGUGUGAUGGAGCUUUACACGAAGGAGCAGCGCCUUGACCCAUCUCAGCGCUACAUCCACACGGUGAUUGCGGUCGAUAGCCACCAACUUGUCGUCACCUUCAACCCAUACCUCGCCGAACUCAUUCACGAAGCACGCACCAUCGAAAUCGACACUACUUUUAAACGUAAUGUUUCGGAGAUGAAGGAAUGGGAGAUGACUGCAUGGUUACCUCGCCACGCACGCCUCGUCACAAUUGGUCGGAUUUAUAGUGACCGUGCGGAUCGUCCUGCGUAUAGGCGCGUGUGGGAUGAGGUUCAGAAAGUUGUGGUACGGCUCACCGGGCGACGAUUUGGGCCACAGAUCAUCAUGCCUGAUGGUCAUCUUACCUCAAUCGGUUCGGAUAUGGAGCUUGCUCAAGCCCUUGGUACGGCCGAUUACUUUCUUUCUUUGAAUGAUCCAGAUUAUAGUGGCAUAACAACGAAACUUCCCGAAGAGUUUCUGCCCUGCUUCUUGAAAAUCUGCCACUCACAUGUUCAUCGCGGUAUUCACGGUCUCCGUGGUGUGAUGUCUGCUGUCGACUAUCAGUACGUCAGAGACUUCACCUCCAUCGAAACCGAGGACGACUUUGUGGCAUUCAAGGCAUUUUGCCUUACCCAUCCUGAUCCGAAAGUUCGAAAUUGGAUCGCGCACAAGAUAGAUAAUCCUUGGAUCUUUGGCUGCACCAUGCGAUCCCAAACGAAGAUGCCCGUCGAGCUCUGGGAUGGCACUCCGAACACAACAAACGGUAACGAAACGCAACAUGCGUACACGAAUAGCCAUACCGGUACCGGCCUCAGCUUUGUCGAGGCUAUCUUGACUGCAAAGAUCCUUGAUACCCAUGUCGCAAACGAACUCAAGUCCUCCGAGUCGCACGCCAUUCUCAGGAAUAAACACAACAAGUAUCAAGAUCGCUUCAAACGUAAUCUACAUCGCCGUUCGGCCGCUAUGGGGAAAGCUCAUGAGCAGGCAAGUAUUGCAGCAGAGGUAGACAUCCUUACAUCAGCGAUAAAGGCAUCGCAGUCGAAGCGGAGGAAGCAGACGGAGGAGGAGAAGGCAUUGAGGGCUAAGCGGGACAUGCUUAACAGUGCAAUAGAGAAGGGUAUAUUGAUGAAGGAGAUCAAGGUGUUGCAGGCAGCCAAGAGGGUGGAGGCGGACGAGGAGAAGGAGUUGAAGGCGAGACUCGAUGCUCUGAACGGUAAGGCGAAUAAACCCACGCGUCCACGCACCAGUCAGAUCACCGCCGGCGAAUCGAGUUCGAGUAGUGGUCGUGCGAGCUCUCAUGCUACAUCCCGAGGUUCAGCACGUCAACAGCCUUACACUCCACCCCUCACCCGAGUGACUACGUACGACGCUCUUCCCAAACACAAUAUAGUUUCCGACCUUGCUGUGCCGCCCGAAUCAAAUAUGACACCACCCGCUCCAGAACAACCCGUUGUCCUUCCGACACUCAAUGAUCUCGACGAUGACAUGGAUGGUUUUUUGCACGCAUUUGGAAUUGAUCCUGAGACCCUGCCACUGCCAACGGACACGACUAUUUUUGAGAACUUUAUGGAUCUCGACGCCCUCUUUGCGGAGGAACAGCCCGUUCCCGUCAAUCAUAACACUAAUCUCAUCACAGGCGACAUCGACCCGACCCAACGAGAGUGGGGCAUGGACAUGGACAUGGGCUAUGUGGUAGAUCCAGCAGCGGCAGCGGUGAUGGACAACAUCAGGAAAUCCGGUAUCUGCUAUAUAGCCCGUGUGUUUUCCCACCCCUGA